AGCAGCGGGGGCUACUUUGUGGCUUUUAGUUGUGGCUGUCGUGGCUUGAUCUUUCUGUCUUUUUGAAAUCAAUGGGCCCACCCAUCUAGGUCCACAUGUACCUACAGACAUCCACUGGAGGUCCACCGAUUCCCCGGUGAGGCUGAAGCUGAAGCUCGAGCCACAUGGAUUUACUUUGAACGCCGCUGCAUCUCUCUCCCUCUCGUGUCCCAAUUGAUUGAUUGAUUGACUGACGAAUGAAUGUGGGGCCGCAAGGCAGGAGAAUACAUAAUAAGUUGCUUCAACAACUUGCAAAGCAUACGACGACUACGACUUCCAACGGCCCCAAUUCCUCCCCUUUUCGCACUCGAACCUCCCCCCGCGCCCAACAAACAUGUCGUACUUCUUCGCCACGCCCGUCGACAUCGAUAUAGUGCUCGAAGAUAGCGAUGACCGCCAAGUAGUGGACAUACGGGAGAAGCAGCGCCGCGAGAAGGCGCCGCUGUACAUGGACGGGGAGUCCGUCAAGGGCCAAGUCACGGUGCGCCCCAAGGACGGCAAGCGCCUGGAACACACCGGCAUCAAGGUCCAGUUCAUCGGCACCAUAGAGAUGUUCUUCGACCGCGGCAACCACUACGAGUUCCUCUCCCUGAACCAGGAGCUCGCCGCGCCGGGCGAGCUGCAGCACCCCCAGACCUUCGACUUCAACUUCAAAAACGUCGAGAAGCAGUACGAGUCCUACAACGGCAUCAACGUCAAGCUGCGCUACUUCGUGCGCGUCACCGUCGCCCGCCGCAUGGCCGACGUCAUCCGCGAGAAGGACCUCUGGGUUUACAGCUACCGCGUGCCCCCCGAGAUGAACUCCUCCAUCAAGAUGGACGUCGGCAUCGAGGACUGCCUGCACAUCGAGUUCGAAUACUCCAAGUCCAAGUACCACCUUAAGGACGUUAUUGUCGGCCGUAUAUACUUCCUCCUCGUCCGUCUCAAGAUCAAGCACAUGGAGCUCAGCAUUAUUCGAAGGGAGACUACCGGCGCCGCACCCAACCAGUACAACGAGAGCGAGACCCUUGUGCGCUUCGAGGUGAGUCCCCCCCCUUUUCCCUAUCAACCCCCAUACUCUUACGAUAAUACGCAGCCCACCCAGCAUAAAAGCCAGCCAGCCAACUAACCAACCCCUCUCCCAGAUAAUGGACGGCUCCCCCUCC